ACAUAUUAUCACCACCGAAUCUCAAACAAAAAGAAACACAGAGACACACACAUUUCUCUUCAUUUUUUAUUCUUCAAGAAUCAGAAUCUGCUUUACUUCUGUGCAAUCAUGAUGAACAUCGACGAUACGACGUCUCCAAUGCCCCACCCGAUCGGUCCAUCUAAACCUCCUUCCGACCAAACCCAACAAGAAGAUCCAAGUUUGCCCGACGACGAAGCUUCUUCUGUUUCCGACAAGAAAGAUGAAGCUCUCCCGGAAGAGAAACCGAAACAAAAUCAAGAAGAAGAGAGAGUGGACACUACUGGGAGAGAGAAGCUAAAGAAGCACCGGAGAGAGAUCGCCGGAAGAGUUUGGAUACCGGAGAUAUGGGGAAAAGAAGAGCUUCUUAAGGAUUGGAUCGACUGUUCAACGUUUGACACGCGUCUAGUCCCUGCCGAUAUCUCGUCGGCACGUGAUGCUCUUGUAGAGGAAGCUAGGCGAGCUGCUUCAGCUUCUGGUGGGACGUUACAUAAUCGUUGCUUGAUCUUACGCUAAAUAUUUUAAAUAAUAACAUACUUAAAUGUGGUUCUUGUUCCUCAAUAAUCUAUCUAUAAGACAUUAUUGUUAUAUUGUUGAUAUAGUCUUUUUCAUUUUACUCAUAAUUUAAGA